AUGAGUGUUAAUGAGUAUGCUUUGAUGUUCACUCAAUUGGCUAAGUAUGCUCCGACUAUAGUUGCUGACUCUAGGGCAAUGAUGAGUAAAUUUGUAUUGGGUAUUUAUGAUGCGGUUGUUAAAGAGUGCAGUACCGCCAUGUUGAUUAAGGAGAUGGCUAUCUUUCGCUUGAUGAUACAUUCCCAACAAAUUGUAGAGAAAAAGCUCAAGGAAAGGGCAAGAGAGUCCAAAAGGGCAAGGACCGGUGAUGAUGACUUUUCUCAUUCUACGUCCGGUGGAUAUUGUCGUUCUAAAUUCUGGCAAAGAUUUUUUUGGUCAAGUUGUGGAAAGAGUGGCCACAAAGUGAAUGAUUAUACGUUGCAAGCUAACAAGGGUAAGGAUGGUAGGCAAGCUUUGCCUAGCGGUUCUGGUUCGGGUGCUCCUUGUCAGAAUACAUUCGAUGCUCAUCAGACUCGGCAAGAUUAUGAGGGUUCUCCGAAUGUUGUGAUCGAUAUGUUGAAAGUCUUUCAUUUUGAUGUGUAUGCUUUGAUAGAUCCGGAUUCUAUGUUAUCCUUUGCUACUCCUUAUGUGGCCAUGAGAUUUGAUGUUGGUCCCAAAAUCCUUUUACCAAAAUAG